CAGUAUGCCAUUGGAAGGAACAAACCCUCUCAUAAAUGCCCGCGACAGAUUAUUCCGCGCCCUGUUUUUCAAAAUGGCGCUUAUGUAUGCUCGUUCGUUUCCUCCGCCUGUUCGCCUUCUUUUAGAGAUGGGAGUGCUCAUGAAGGUAUUUAGAAACAUGUUUUCUUUUAUAUAGAUGGUUGAGGCCUCUUGUUUGUUCAGUAUUUAACAUCUUGCAAGAUGUUAAAUACUGAACAAGUUAUCCCCUCUCCCACGUCAUGGUUCAUUUUCUGGGUUUUUUAAGAACAAAUAAGUCGUGCUUUUGGUUACCCAGGGAAAUGCCUUUGAAUUUUAUUUUUUAUGUGGCUCACAUAAUGAUGAACAAGGAAUGGAACCCAUACAACUCAAGUAAAUGUAAUUUCAUAAUAAAAGCUAUGUUAGAUAGUCUUCAUGCUUGUUAUUAACGAAGACAUUUUAAUUGCGUAGGCUUCGUACAUCAUUGAGUGACCAGUGUUUAAGUACAUGCCUACUGCAUUCAGCAAUAAGAAAACACUUAUGUUAAUUUUUACAGUAGUUUGCCAAAGCUACUGUUCUCUAGAUUUCUCCAGGUCAUGUCUAGAAAGUAAUAAAAUUUGCAUAUGACAUAAAUGAGGAAAAAGCAAACAGUAGGAGGAUAAUAAUACUAAAACUGGGGGGUUAACCUGAACUCGUUUAUCCAUUAGAGUUGUCACAAUAAGUUUUAAAUCUUUCUGAUGUUGCUGUGAUGUACACAUUUGAGGCCCUCGUACGUAAUGACAUAAAUGCAAACAAAUCUAGUUACUGCAGCACCAGCAAACUCUUAUCCAAAGAUGUGUCCAGUUUAUAUUGAAUUUGCAGUGAUCACUUUUUGUGAACUCUGUUACCUUUCAUGAUGUUGGGCAUUCAGAGAAAGGAUGUGCCUAUGAUCUGAAAUAUCUUUGGUUAUGUCUUUUUUUGUCAGGCUAUCACUUGUUUUGUAAUCCUGGGCUACAUACACAAUGCAUUUUCAAGGACUCCUAUAAACUGUUUGGACCAGAUCAAGGACCAGUGGCCCAGAGAUGGAGUACUUAGAGUAGUCAUAUCACGAAAUGCAGCAGUCAGCAGAUUAUCUGAAAAUGAUACUACAAGAACUAAUUUCACUAAUUCUGCUAACAUUACAGAAAAUAUCCUUGUAAAUAUUAGUAAUGUGGGAGCCAAUCUUAAAUCAGGAGAGAAUUAUUCAUCAUCUGUGGGAAAUGUGUAUGAUCAUUCAUCUAAUAAUGUGCCACAGAAUAACCAUCUUCCUGUAAAGGAUACUGUUGUGCCAAGUGCUUUUGAACUGUUAGCACCAAUCAAGAUCGAAGGUAGGCUGUAACUUAACAUUUUGUGUGCUCAGUUUUCCAAUAGGUAACCUUAGUUUGUUUAUCUUCUAUAUGCAACAAUCAAGGAGGGAAGAAGUUAGUGAUGUUGUCUUGUUAAGGCUUGUCAUCAUCAGCUGAGUACAACUUCCAUAGAACUUCCAUGUUUUGCCUUGAAAGCCUUCAUAAAAUCUCCUUUAAGGUUGCAACUAAUAUUGGAUCAUAAAUUAUUUUAAGUAUAUAAUCUGAUUGUUUUCUAGAGGAAAGAAAAGAAGAAUAUGCUGUUGAAUAUGCCUUGGAGUAUGGUUUUCUUAGACUUUCCUCAGAAUCCAGAAAGAAGCUGGGAAUUCCUGUUUUGGUGGUUGAACUUGGUAAGUUAGAAUCUCAUGACUGAAUUUGGCAUAGUUAGAUUUCUUUGUGGAGAAAGAAUCCUCGCAUUCUGUCUCAUAGCAGCCCACUGUACUUGUUGGUAAUGCAUUAUGUGGCUUGUAUGUUGUUAGACCCUGCAGUGGAGCAGUGUUUUGGAGAUAGUUUGAGUCGUUUCUUGUUAGAUGAAUUCCUUGGAUAUGAUGAUGUGUUAAUGUCAAGUGUCAAAAGACUGGCUGAGUAUGAAGACAACAAAGGUGAGUAAUGAUUUUAUUUUUCAUUUUUUAUUUUCUCACAGUAACUUACAAUCAUCUCAGCUUUAGAGAGGCUGCUUCAACGGUUAACCUAUGGUUUUUUAUCUUAUUUUUCCCUUCCGUUUAAUUGAGCUACAUGUAACUGUGGGUUAGGUAUGCAGACAAAUUUACAUUUUUCCUUCAGGUUCUUCAUAUGCAAAGAUAAUACCCCUCUAAACAUAAGCUCCAAUAUGUAUUUUAUUUCAAGAUAAAUCAAGGACAUAUUAAACUUAAUCCUGUGUUAUUGUGAAUCACCUUUUGAACAAUCUGAUGCAGAAAAGGAUUUGUUAUGCAUGUAUAGUAAAAAUGUGAAAUAACAACAAAUUUGUCUUUACUGAUAGUCACUUAUCCAUACCCAACAGGUUAUCUACGUAACGUUGUGACUGGGGAUCAUUUUCGCUUUGUCAGUAUGUGGAUGGCACGCACAUCAUACUUAGUGGCUCUUGUUCUUAUGUUUAUUUUUGUAAGUAAUUUUGCUUGUCGCCUGUAUCUUAAUUAGUGUAGCUUUAAAAGAUUAAAAAGUUGAAUAGCCAAUUUUGUCUGACAGCUACAUGUACUUGUACAUGAAUAGAUAAUUAACUUGGUGUUGUGUCAAGGUUUAACUUUUGUGUUUGGGUUGAUCAAUCGCAUCUCUACUUGAGAAUUAGCCAUUCAGACUAUUACCUUCUUGUUGUGGGAUGUUCUCACCAGUGAGGUGCAGUAAACUUACUGACUCUUUAUUGUAUUUUCUUUUCAGACUAUUUCAAUUUCAAUGCUUUUGAGGUAUUGCCAUCAUCAAAUCUUUGUUUUCAUUGGUGAGUCCCUGGUUAAGUUGGAAUAUCUGAUGGUUUAUAAUUGUGAUCUUAUCAUCAAUUAUUAUUAUAUUGAUGAGAGGUGUCAGGAUUCAGCCUGUAGACUUUCAUCAUGGCCAUGAUACUCACAGAUUCUUGUGUUUGACACAUAAAGCUUUCCUAGUACAAAUCUGUAAUUUUGUAAAUGGCAUAGACCUAGGUUUGGAUGUAUAGUAAAGGACAGGGAUGUGAAAGAAAUGAUGCAAUCCAUGCAUGUUUCAGUUUUGGCACCAAGCAGACUUCUUUGGUUCAGUUUUAGUCAUACUAAAUUGUUGAUUUUCUGGUUUACUCAAGUGAAUUUGCUUCAGAUGUUGGAUUUAAAUGUGACAAUAGCAUUUCCUGCAGCACCUUUGUUCACAGUCAUUCUCUCUCUUGUGGGUAGGUAACUUAUGUUGUAUAUGUACAUAGUCUUGGUGCUCAUAUGCGAAGUUACCUUUUAUACCGAAUAAAAAUACUUUUUAUUGUAGACACACUCUAGUUAUCACUGUUAUAAAAAAAUUUGAUUUAGCUUAAUGUAAAUUAGGCUGACUGUGUGCUUAGCCCUGUAUGUAGGUAAGUGAUAUAUUGAUUCUUCGUAGGCUUAUAAUUAAAUUUGUGGAGGUAACAGAUCUGACAGCUAAGUUUGCAAAAGGUGUAGAGUGUUGACAUUAAAAAUAGCAAGUCACAAAAGGUAUUGUUUGCCCUUGUGGACCACAGAUGUAAACAGGGUAACGCAUUUUCCUUCUACCAGUUCUGCCACUGGUUUGUCUUCUGGCAGUUGGGGAUUUGAAAAUUAGCCAGAUUAGCUUAGAGCACUUUCAAUAAAACAUUUACAAUUCUUUCAUACAGGAAUGGAAGCUAUCAUGUCAGAGUUUUUCAAUGACACUACAACAAGCUUUUACAUCAUUCUGAUAGUAUGGACAGCUGAUCAAUAUGAUGCCAUUUGUUGUCAUACUCAACAGAGUAAAAAGUUCUGGCUAAGGUAGGUAAAAGUGAUGCUCUAUAGUUAAUGAAGUGAGUGUUCCUCUUUACCAUCAUGUUAAACUAUUCCAUCGUUUGUUCUACCUCAGGUUCUUCUAUUUGUAUCAUUUUGCAUUUUAUGCAUAUCAUUACCGUUUUAAUGGUCAGUAUAGUGGACUUGCCCUCGUUACUUCAUGGUUAUUUAUUCAGGUAUGGUAAACUUGCUAAUACUCACCACUAAGCUGUUACCAGUAGUAAUUAACUUGCAUAACAUAUCCUAAGGUAUUUCUUUAUUAAAAUCCCCUGAUGAGUGAGUAAUCAUGAAACAGGCUUGUAGGAGUGAAAGUAUAGUCUCUUUGUUUUUUCUAAAUCUAAUAUAUAUCAUGCUGAACUUAGGAAAAAUCGAAACCCAUAGUUCCUAUAUAUAUAUAUAUAUUAUAUAUCAACUCCUUACCAAUGUCUGUUUUGAAAAAUACUUUAAAAAGAGGUAGGUUACUGUGCUUAUGUAGGAGAUAUUAUGGACCACACAUACCCCAUUUAUUCUUAAAAUGUCACUAAUCACAUGUCAUUUUUUUAUUCUGAGUACAUUUUGCUGUAGUACUUGCAAGAAACUUUAAAGAACUCAAUAGACAGAAAGUCUCAAACAUAUAGGACAAUUUGAUAUAUAAUUUGUGGAAAUAUCAUGCAAUUUCAAAUGACAUCAACUCAAAACAUUCCUUGAGUUGUUGCUUUCAAGGUUAUACUUUGUAUCCUCAAGUUACAGCCUUGUGUAUGCUUUUAGCUACAUUUGUUCUUUUUCAAUUAAUUUUUUUCUAAUUUCUCCAAUUUUUUCUUUUACAAAACAGAUGAUUUUUGAUAUUGUUUAUUUUACAUCUGGUCAUCAGGGAAUUAUUUUUUAGAUACAAAUGGCUGCUGGAAGGGAGAAUGCAACUAUUUCUGAUGCUCAUAAACGUCAACUAAUAUGCUGCAGAGUGUGUAGAGGCAUUCUAAACUUAAAGACAUAAUCAGAAGAUUUGUGCCAUGUUGCAAAGAAAAAACUUCCAACUUCUGGCUGACAGCCUUAGAUAAAAAAUUGCUUAUCUGGAUUGUGGUUGUUUCAGGCUAUUAUGGGAACUAACAGAUUUUUUUCAUUUUUGUUGGCAGCAUUCCAUGCUAUUUUUCUUCCAUCACUAUGAAUUACCAGUAAUCUUGAGUCAUCAGGCAGAUCCUGAAGAGGAUCUGUUGGCAGAUCCUAUUGCUGCCCUCACUGACGAGGUGAAUAUGCCUGCUAUAGAUGAUAUUGCCAAUCAUCCUGCACUGGAGAAUAAUCCACACCCUGAUUUACCAAUUAAUGAUGGUAAGCUCAUUUAAUCAACAGUGAAAUACAUCUGAGCAGUACAGUAGUAUCAUUCAUGUGCAUCAUGCCCAGUGUGUUGAUUUUUGUAAACGUGAAAGAAAAAAAUGAAUACUUCUCACUUCACAGAUGAAAGAGAUAUUUCUCAGAGUAUUAACAGCAGAGAAACAAGUCACUCAACUACUGAAGGUUUGUUGUUAAAAGGAUUUAACCAGAUAAGUAUGAAAGUUUGAAAUGAAAGAAAGUACUGGGGUUAAAUGUCUCAUAAAACAUUCUUAAUUAAUAGACUUUCCUUUAUGAAAUGCACAGUGACUUUGUAUGUUGAAUGUGUGGGAAUUACUAGUAAUAACAGUUUUCAAGAGAAGUAGGAAGGUGGUAGAAUUCUGUGUUAUCAUUUCAGAACUGGAAACACAAAUUACAAUUUGAAGAUUCAAUAAUGCAAGGGCUAUUCAAAAAGAAGUAGGAAGGUGGUAGAAUUCUGUGUUGUCAUUUCAGAACUGGAAACACAAAUUACAAUUUGAAGACUCAAUAAUGCAAGGGCUAUUCAAUCUCUUAUUUUAAUAUUACCCAUUUUUUCUUGUGAAAAGACAAGGAAUAAGUAAAAUUGAGGAAGACUGUCGUGGGAUGACAGCUGAAUUUGUGCCAGACUUGUUCUGCAGAAUAGCCCAUCGAUCAGAAUUUGAAUUACUGAUAAUUCCCUGUGAACAGCUUACUCAUUUUUAGGAAGAAAUUAACAAUUGUAUUCUUCAUGCUAUAUCCACAUGUUCACCAGUGUCAUUUCAAGUAUGUAGUUAUAAUCCCAUAACUCUCUUUGCAAUCAAGAGAUGUGUAAUUUUCUUUUUUUUUUUGUUUUUUGUCUUUAAGCAGGAACUGUUCCAGUCAAUUCAUCAUUAACAAGAAGACACUGGGUGGGAGCAGGCAAUAUGGGGGAUGAUGUUGAUAGUUAUCAGGGACAUCACACAUGGCCACAGCAGCACCAAGGAAAUACAGGAACGACAACAUCCCACAGCUCGUCUUAAAUGAAAAUUGAAAAAAG